UCCUAAUUUAUAAUUUUGAUUUUAUGAUGAAGAUCUAUUUAAGGAUUAAAUUGGUAGAAUUUGUAAACAUAAAAGGUUAACUUUGUUGAAUUUGUUAAAAUUAGGACUACAUUGAUAGAAUGUGCAAAUAUUAAGGAGCAAAUAUGUUAUUAACUUAUGCGUUCUGAUAAUUUACUAACAGUGAUCUUAUACCGUUUGGGCCACCGGUGAUGGACGUCCAUUCCUCCUACGAAUCUCCGCCGUAGCCGAAAUAACCAUAAACACCACCAUUUCCUUCCUACCUUCACUAUCUCCGUUCCUGUUUUUCCAAAUUCUUCUCCCACAUCGAUUCUGGUCGGGUCCCAAUCCCUUAAAAAUCAUUUGAUAUGCAUUUGUCUGUGAUAUGUAUCACGCUCUAGGCACGCCACGUCUACUAUACCGUGCUCAAAUCUCUAGACUUGUUAAAGCCGGCCUCAUCAACCAAGCCAUCAAACUGUUCGACAAAAUGACGCAAUCAGACUGCCGCGUUUUUGGCGUCGACUAUAACCGCUUUAUUGGCGUACUUCUUUGCAGUUCUCGUUUCGACUUAGCCGAACGCUACUACUUCCAGAUGUUCCCUCAGGGUUUCUUUCUCACUCCCUUCACUUACUCUCGCUUUAUCUCCGCUUUAUGCUCUGUCAAAAACUUUAAUCUUAUCCAGCUUCUUUUAGACGACAUGGAUAAAUUGAAUUAUGUUCCUGAUAUUUGGGCUUUUAACAUUCAUUUGAAUCUUUUGUGUAGAGAUAAAAUGAUAGAUUUAGCUUUAGAGGUUUUCCAUAGCAUUGUUAAGAAAGGGAGAGACCCAGAUGUCGUAACGUAUGCUAUAAUGCGGAAGUUUAAUAGUGCUGUUGGGCUUUGGAAGGAAAUGGUAGGGAAAGGUUUAAGUCCCGAUAAUAAAGCGUGUUGUGCGCUUGUUGUUGGCUUGUGUGAGGUUGGGAAGGUUGAUUUGGCGUAUGAGCUUGUUGUUGAGGUCAUUAAGGGUGGAAAUGUUGAGUUUAGCACGUUGAUCUAUAAUGCGUUGGUUAGUGGGUUUUGUAGAAUUGGUAGAAUUGAUAAGGCACAGGCCAUAAAGUUGUUUAUGACGGAAAAUGAGUGUGAGCCAGAUUUGGUUACAUAUAAUGUGUUGUUGAAUUAUUUUUGUAAUGAGCUUAUGUUGCAGGAGGCUGACAAGUUGUUUAAAAAGAUGGAGAGGAGUGGGAUCAGACGUGAUGUCUAUAGUUAUAACCAGAUGAUUAAGGGGCUUUGUAAUACUAAUAAGCCAGAUAAAGCAUAUUUGUUGAUGGUGAACAAGAUGGAGGCGGAUGGGUCGGUUGAUGCUGUUUCUUAUAAUACCGUCAUCAAAGCAUUUUGCAAGGAUAGUCAUAUUGGAAAGGCUUACAAUCUGUUUGAGGAUAUGGAUAGGAAGGGGAUUGCACCAGAUGUGGUGACAUUCACAACUCUUAUAAAAAAUUUUCUUAACAAAGGUAGUUCUGGUAUAGCAAAAACACUUCUUGAUCGGAUGUCAGGGAAGGGUCUGUUGCCGGAUUGUAUUUUCUAUACUACAAUUAUUGACCACCUAUGCAAAAGAGGGAAAGUUGAAACGGCUUGUAGUGUUUUUAAUGAUAUGAUAAUACAGGGAGUUGGCCCUGAUGUGAUUUCAUACAAUGCCCUCAUAAACGGAUUUUGCAAGUCCAAGAGAGUAACUGAAGCCAUACAUCUAUAUGAAGAAAUGCAGAGUAAAGGAUUCUCUCCAGAUGAGACGACUUUCAAAUUGAUAAUUGGCGGGCUCAUAUGUGAAAAGAAGCUCUCUGAGGCUUGCCAAGUAUGGGAGCAGAUGAUGGAGAAGGGUUUUACUCUUGAUAGAGCUGUUUCUGAAACACUGAUCAAUGCUAUCCAUUCAAUAGACUAUGCAUGAACAUGGGGAAUUAAUAGGUAUUGGUGUUGAAUAGCCAUAUGGAUGGAUUUUUUUGGUCAAGGCUUCUGUUUGUCUAUUCUUGCCUCUAUUUUCCCUUCCCACAGACUCAGCAAAUAUAAAUCUCAGGUUUGAGCUGUUUUCUUUCUUGAAUAUACACAGAUGAAUUGUGUACUAGCAGGCAAUUUUUUACGUGUAAAAGGAUAGCUGUUAGGAAAUAGGGUAUGCAGACUACCAAUGGGGAAGGCCCCAAUAUUUGAAAGAUCAUCAGUAAUUUAUAGUGUAAGAGCAUGUUGUAGCAUCAAUAUGAGUGUAGGCUUUGGCCUUGGUACAAAUUUCUGUUUGAUACUCUCUUCUAUGGGCUCAUGUAACCAGCCAAUAUCUUUCUGUGUGCGUGUGUAUUACCAUUGAAAAAUGUGUUAUGCUAGCCUUGAAAUUGGACUGAAUGCUUCCAAAAGCUUUUAGCUCAAAAUUAUAUGUUACAUCUCUCUGAAGUUGAUAAAUACUUUCUCUAUAUGAUUCAAAUAACUAUAUCACAUAUCUAUGUUCCUCCUGGCCUUUUUUUCCCACUUGGCUUCAGUUGGAAUCCAUGUCUUGCUCUGGUGGUUCUACAUAUUAACCAUUUGCUGUUUUCUUUCGAGGAUAUGGAUAAGUGGAGCAGGCUUAGUGUUUUAUGGAAAAAUCAAAUAUUAUAUCUGUAACUGCACCUGGAGUAAAACGAGUUAUCAAGAGUUGAUCAUGAUCAAAUGAGUCCGGGAUUUAAGACGUUCUCCCCGUAGUUGAAGAGAGAACUAAAUUGUCAAACUUUACAAGACACGACAAUAUAACCUGAUUGUUUUUAUCAUCCUGUCAGUUCCGGCAUGUCCACUGGGCCUUGGUCUGUUUUCAGAUACAUCAAGGAUUUGCCAGUUUGCAAUUGAAAUGAGAGCCUACAUAUUCAGAUAAGGUCUCCAAAAGGAAUGAACUUAGAUAUUUCAGUCAGGUGAUGUUUGACAGUCCACAAGUUAAAGAAAGCUCUGAUCUUGUCAAAUUCAUAGAUCAAAAUUGCAUCUUCAAUGUGCUAAACAUGUCGUAAAGGUUGUUAACUUGUAACAUUUACCAAUUGUUUUGAGCCACUUGAGAGAAUCUUUCAAGUUUUAGCACCAACAGCAGAUAAUGACACCAUAUCAUAAAAAACAGCAAUGUACGAGUGAGCUUAGGAAAACCUUUUUUUUUUUUGCUAGAAAUCUGUUUCUACCAUCUAAAUUUGUACACUCUGCAUCCUUAAUAAUGAGUCCGAUGUAGAAUUAUUAAGAAUUUAUGAAUAGAUGAAGGCUUUACUUUUGAAUUAA